GGGGACGCCUGUUUAGGAGCUUACCGGCGACUCGUAGGCGGGAGCUCUGAGAGGCGGCCUCCCAGCAGCUGAACAGCUACAGAACUCGUUCUCCCUUAAACCCUGCUGCUCCCCUGUGGACGUGACGCCUUAGCCGACGCGUCGCAUCUCAGUGGUUUCCUGAUGGACGCGGCCUUGGGGAUUCAGAUGGACGAGCCGAUGGCGUUUUCUCCCCAGCGUGACCGGUUUCGGGCUGGUGACUCGUUAAAAAAACAUGAGCAGAAUAUUAAACUUUCAGGAGUUAAAAAAGAUAUUGAGAAGCUUUAUGAAGCUGUACCACAACUUAGCCACGUGUUUAAAAUUAAGGACAAAAUUGGAGAAGGUACUUUCAGCUCUGUUUAUUUGGCCACAGCACAGUUACAAGUAGGAGCUGAAGAGAAAAUUGCUCUAAAACACUUAAUUCCAACAAGUCAUCCUAUAAGAAUUGCAGCUGAACUGCAGUGUCUAACAGUGGCUGGGGGGCAAGACAAUGUCAUGGGAGUUAAAUACUGCUUUAGGAAAAAUGAUCACGUGGUUAUUGCUAUGCCAUAUCUGGAGCAUGAGUCCUUCUUGGACAUUUUGAAUUCUCUUUCCUUUCAAGAAGUACAGGAAUAUAUGUUUAAUCUGUUCAAAGCUUUGAAACGCAUUCAUCAGUUUGGUAUUGUUCACCGUGAUGUUAAGCCCAGCAAUUUUUUGUAUAAUAGACGCCUGAAAAAGUAUGCCUUGGUGGACUUUGGUUUGGCCCAAGGAACCCAUGAUACGAAAAUAGACCUUCUCAAAUUUGUCCAGUCUGAAGCUCAGCAGGAACGUUUUUCACAAAGCAAAUCUCAUGUAAUCACUGGGAACAAGAUUUCAUUGAGUGGCCCAGCUCCUAGGGCUCUGGAUCAGCAAUCCACCACAAAAACUUCCAUCAAAAGAUCCCACACAAAUGCACAAGUUCAGACUAAACAAGGAAAGGAUGGAAAGGAGGGAUUUGUAGGCCUUUCUGUCCAGCGCUCUGUUUUUGGAGAAAGAAAUUUCAAUAUACACAGCUCCAUUUCACAUGAGAGCCCUGCAGUGAAACUUGUAAAGCAGUCAAGGACUGUGGAUGUAAUAUCGAGAAAAUUAGCAACGAAAAAGAAGGCCAUUCCUACAAAAGUCAUGAAUAGUGGUGUGAUAAAGAAAACUGCCAGUUCUUGUCCAGCUAUCCCGAGUUGUAACUGCUAUGCAACAGAUACAGUUUGUAGUAUUUGCCUUUCAAGGCGUCAGCAGGUUGCCCCUAGGGCAGGUACCCCAGGAUUCAGAGCCCCAGAGGUCUUGACGAAGUGCCCCAAUCAAACUACAGCAAUUGACAUGUGGUCUGCAGGUGUCAUAUUCCUUUCUUUGCUAAGUGGGAGAUACCCAUUUUAUAAAGCAAGUGAUGAUUUAACUGCUUUGGCUCAAAUUAUGACAAUUCGGGGAUCCAGGGAAACCAUCCAGGCUGCUAAAACUUUUGGCAAAUCAAUAUUAUGUAGCAAAGAAGUUCCAGCACAAGACCUAAGGAAACUCUGUGAGAGACUCCGGGGUCUAGAUUCUAGCACUCCCACGUUAACAAGUGAUACCCAAGGACAUGGUUCUCACGACCCAGCAUUUUCAGAGAAAGCUGACCAAACAACUCACGGACAGCACUCAGAGGACUCUUUACAUAAAGGGGACAGCAAUGGUUGUGGGAGUCGUUUUAAUGAGUAUACUACCAAUUUAGAAGGCUGGGCUGAAGUACCUGAUGAAGCUUAUGACCUGCUUGAUAAACUUCUAGAUCUAAAUCCAGCUUCAAGAAUAACAGCAGAAGAAGCUUUGUUGCAUCCAUUUUUUAAAGGCAUGAGCUUGUGAUAAAUGGUUCUUCAUUUGGUGCUACUAGUGUGUAUAACAAGGUAGAGCAAAGAGUUCUGCAUAAUAACCACAAGUUCUUGUUUAGAGAUCAGGGCAGGAUGAGUAAUUUAUUUAGGAAUUUUAAUACUUGUGUUGGUGUUAGAUUGUAAAAUACAGAUUAAAAUUACUUAAAAUGCCUGAGAGAGUUCUUUGGAUUAACAACAUGAUCUUUGAGUUAAACCCACCAAAGUAGAAUCAGAUAUUUAGUUUCCUUAAUUACUGUUCACUGAAAUAUGAAGAAAAAGCAUUUUUAGCCUGACACAUGGUUUCAAGGUAUAAGUCUUAAAAUUAAUGGAUGGGUUAGGGAUUAAAUGAGUCAAAAGAUUUUGUUUCUUAAAUUCCUAGAGUAUAAGCUAUAUGUCCUUUUGGAAAAUUCAACCUGGUAUUGGUGCUUUUAUCAGUUUUACAGGUUAAAAAAAAAGAUUAUUUCCUUUUCUGUAAGCAUACAAUAUACCUUUUAUGAACACUCCAAAGAAUUACUAAGGAAAUGCUGGUCGUAGUGCAAAAUGUCACUUACAGUUGAAUUUGUCCAUUUUUUAAAAAGUAUUUCAUAAAAUCAUUUUUGCAUAAAUUGUCAUGUUUUUUGGAUUUUUCUUCCUCCUCUGCCUUCAUCUAACACCAUUCUUCUUGGAAAUUAUAUGUUGCUUACCACAGAGUUUCUGUGUGCUUUAUUAAAUGUUACAUGUAUUUGCAGUUGGAAACUUAAAAUAAUAGUGUGCAUAGUAAUUGGUAAGAGGAAGCCUUCAGGACCAAGGUAACUAUUAAUAGUCCAAAAUGCUGCUUUUUCACAUCAUCUUGAGUAUUAUUAGGUGGCUGCUAAAAGGGAAGGGGAGCAUAGAAUUGAGAACAUUAUUAGAUUUAUUUUUCCUCUGCCUAGUGCCAUCCAGAUUUCUAUAUUCUGUUUUAAAUUUGUUCUUGCUCAGAAAAAGAAUGAUUACUGAAUUUUCAGGUGGGUUGGGAAUAGCUAUAAUGAAGUAGGCAAAGCAGAAAAAGAUCUAGAAUAGAGAAUUAAUUACACAUUUAUAUUCCAAAAUAUUUAUCAAUAUCAAACUUACUAUGAGAAAUAAGCCUGGAGAGGGUAGAUCUGAGAAUUUCCCAGUUAGUCAACAUAGAUUAUAAGAACAGUUUAGGGAACAUUACUCACUUAUUCCAAAUACUUUUUGAGCAUUGAUAGAUCAGUAUGACUACCUGUUUGGUAAGUCUAGUUUGUGUGUAUGUCAUUAUGUGUAUAUGUAUAUA